AUUUACUGAAGAACCCAAUCUUAUCCGAGAAAUCGGAAAGAGCAGAGAAUUUUGCUGAAGAGAGAAAAACGAAAAUGGCGGUUCUUUGCUCGUCUUCGACGGUGAUAGUCUCUUCUUCUCCAGUUAAAUCCUCCGGUUGUGAGAGAAAGUCUCCGUUUUUAGGGUUCUCUCUAACGGCUUUCUCGAAGCCGUCGGUAAGAGUUGGCAUUUAUGCGAAUUCGAAAAGAGGAUUGCAAGUGAAGUGUGAAGCUGAGCAGACGACGACGACUUCUCUCGUUCCGGCGAAUCAACGAUGGAUGUUCGACGAAGAAGAAGCUAAUGGCCCUGACAUCUGGAACACGACAUGGUAUCCAAAAGCUUCAGACCAUGUGAACACGGAUAAGCCCUGGUUUGUGGUUGAUGCAACUGACAAAAUUCUUGGUAGAUUGGCAUCAACAAUUGCUAAUCACAUCCGUGGGAAGAAUCUUGCCUCUUACACUCCUAGUGUUGACAUGGGAGCCUUUGUAAUUGUGGUGAAUGCUGAGAAAGUUGCUGUAUCUGGAAAGAAGCGGAACCAAAAGCUGUACAGGAGGCAUUCAGGACGACCUGGUGGUAUGACAGUAGAAACAUUUGAUCAAUUGCAGCAGAGAAUUCCUGAAAGAAUCAUUGAGCAUGCUGUUCGUGGAAUGCUUCCAAAGGGACGGCUUGGGAGAGCUCUGUUCAAUCACCUGAAGGUGUACAAAGGCCCGGACCAUCCACACGAGGCCCAGAAGCCGCUUGAUCUGCCUAUUAGGGACAAGAGAAUACAGCUGCAAAAAUAGAAGCACCGCAAAACAUCGAGUAAGCUCCACUGUUCCAUUAUCGCCAAGCGCAGAGAGUUUUUUCUUCUCAGGUUUCUGUAGUUUCUUCAUUCAAAACCAGAGGAGGCUUUGCAGAUUCUUGUUUUCGCUUCUAUCAACUCUGUUAUGCUAUAAAGCUUUCUCAAUGCGAAAUUCUGUAUCUCUCAUUCAAUUUUUUGCUGCUGACUAUCUUUUUCAACAUGAUAAAGAUGACAUGUAAUG